AUGUCUGGGUUUGACUUAACUGACGCUGAAAUCGUCCAAGCAAUAGCUGAUGUUAUUGAUGACAAGAAUGAAACGACAUAUGUAGUCUUCACAGCUCAUGCCCAACCAAACAAAUUGGUUCUUGAAGGAAAAGGUGUUGGAGGACUUACUGAAGUGAAAGCACUCUUGAAAGAUGACCAACUUCAAUUUGCUUAUUAUAGAACUAUUUCGGGAGAUGAGGAAUCCCAUCGAGUCAAAUUCGUUUUGAUCUGCUGGGCCGGCGAAGGAAUCAAAAAACCAAAGUUGAGAGCCGUCAUGAGCGUCUUGAAGGGUGACGUCAAGAACAAUUUGGUCAAGAACUUCCAUAUCGAAAUCCAUGCCACUAACCAAGACGAUUUGGUCGAAGAAGAAAUCAAUAAGAAACUCAAAAAGGCGGGUGGAGCUGAUUAUUCAACUAACACUUCUUCUAACUAG